AUGGUAGAGGGGUACAACAUUCAGCAGGCCUUCACCUCCGUAGCAUACCCUCGGAGCAACGGACAUGCUGAAGUCGUCAAUCGAGAGAUCUUGCAGAUUUUACGGGUUCGGCUCGACCACAUCGGAGGGAGCUGGGUGGAUGAGUUCCCCGGCGUGUUAUGGAAAAUCCGUACGACCCUUAAGGAAGGCACGGGAGUAACCCCAUUUCACUUGGUGUAUGGAGGCGAAGCAGUCGUCCUCAUCGGGAUCGGAGUCGAGUCCGAUCGGAUACAGAACUACAGCGAGGACAAUGCCGAGCGGAGGCUAUUGGAGCUAAACUUGGUAGAUGAGGCGCGUGACAAGGUCGCCAUUCGGCUGAUGGCCUACAGGCAAAGAAUGUGGCAAAGCUACAAUCAGAGGGUGAUUCCGAGGUCGUUCCAGGUCGGGGACCUCGUGUGGAAGAAGUCAAAGGCUUCGUUAGGUAUAGAGUCGAGGAGUUGGACGCGGUCGACGGUGUUGGCAGGCAAAGCCUCAGGGAUAUGGCCAUUCGCCUUCAGGUGGUUGACCGUCGCGUCGAUGGCCAACUAA